AUGACGGCCUGGACCACAGCCGAGAAGCUUCAAUUACUUCUCGGGGUCAUCCACCAGGUCAACAUCAGGAAUCAACAAAUCAACUGGCAAGAAAUACAUAUCCCAGACCGGACCACACGGGCCAAGGUCAAUAUAUGGGGCCAGCUGCGUUCUGAGGGAGCUCAGUACCGAAAGGAAAAUGCUGGGAAGCAGGAGCGGGAGAAACGAGCUACCCCUGACCCCACCGGCCAAGGUGGGAAACGUGCUGGAAAAGGCACCCCGUCAAACAGCGGUCGUAAGAGAGGCAGGGAACAACUGCCCGUGGAAAUUGUCGCAGACGACGAAGAUGACAAGAAAUUCGCACCCAAAAAGCCCCGCACCAAUUCUAGCGUAAAGGAGGAGGAAAAGGAGGAAAAGGUGAAAGAGGAAGAGGCCAGCGAGGCAGCUCACAGCAACGAUGACAAGCCCACCACCCUCGCCAAGCGACCCUCCCGCCCCCGUCGCGGGCCCAAGCGAAGCUACGCCCAAGUCUUGGAGUCCACGGACGACGAAGAGUGGGUCCGCUAA